UAUAUCCAAGCCCAGAAUAAGGAAGCAUUUCUGGAAAGUUUCUUCUUGUGUUCUUCUCUAGUCUUUCCUCCCAAAUUUUUUAUUUCCAACAAAGUGGUAUCAGAGCUAACUUCCAAAGAUGAAUAGCACUUUUCCCUUUGUAGUUCCCAAACUUAAAAAGGAGAAUUAUGGACAUUGGUGUAUCCACAUGAAGGCAUUGCUUGGCUCACAAGAAGCAUGGGAGGUUGUUGAGAAAGGCUAUGAUGAACCAGAGAAUGAAGGAGUCUUGAAUCAAAAUCAAAAGAAUGCUUUGCAAAAGCUUCGAAAGCAAGAUCAACAUACCCUCUCUAUCAUACACAUGGGCAUGGAUGAAGCUCUAUUUGAGAAAGUUGCUACUACAACAAAGGCUAAGGAAGCCUGGGGAAUUCUUGAGAAUAAUUUUAAAGGAAUUGACAAAGUGAAGAAGGUCCGCCUUCAGACACUUCGCAAUGAAUUUGAAUCCCUACAUAUGAGGGAGUCUGAAUCUGUUUUCGACUAUUUCACUAGAGUGUCUUCCAUUGUCAAUCAAAUGAAGCAUUAUGGAGAGAAGAUUGAAGAUGUACGUGUUGUGGACAAGAUUCUUAGGUCACUUGACUCAAAACUUGAUUUUAAAGACUUAAAAGGAAGCAAGAACCGGUGGCCCAAGUUUUCCAAACUAAGGUCUCUUUGGGAGAAUAAGAGCAAGAGCAUGGACGAACUCAAGGAAGAGGUCAAAGUCGAGGUCGAGGCUAAAGUUGUGGUUGUGGUCGAGGAGGAAAUUUUGGCCGUGGCCAAGGAAGAAAUGAAGGUGGCCAGAAUUUUAACAAUGAAGGGUCGAGCAAUCAACCAUGAGGACGUGGAAACUAUGGUUCAAAGAGAGGAAGUGGAAGAACAUAUGACAAGUCCAAUAUUCCAUGUUAUGCUUGUCACAAAUAUGACCAUUAUGCCAAUGAAUGUAGGAGUUCCUCCACCAACAAUGAAGAGAGGGCUAAUUAUGUUAAAGCAAAAGAAGAAGAAGAAUUGCUAUUCAAUGUAGUUGUAAUCAAACGCUCAGUUAGCC